AUGAGGGAAAAAAGCAACUGGCUUCUAGCGGCUGAGGACUUCUGUGCACUAAGAAUGCCUGCGAGGCCCUCUGCUUGCUCAGCAGCUUGCAUCUACCUCCGUGACACUGCGCGGCACGAAAUCGCCGACCCCUCGCCCCUCCAGCACAGAGACACGAACUACGCACAGUUCCUUACUGCAACCAGUGCAAUCGGAAAGGCUUCUCCCAUAUGCACCAUGGGUGACAUCAUGAACAGGUCACCAAAAUCCCUCAUCUCCUUGGAUCCUGGAUGCCCUAAUCCAGAUAUCUUCCCUUUUAAGAGUGCUAAUAUCACUUUAGAAAAUGGAAAUGCCACCUAGAUUGGAGGAGAGCUCAUGAAGAGAGCACUUCAAUAUUCUCCAUCCUAUGGAAUUCCAGAGCUUGUGUCCUGGCUCAAAUGGUUCCAAAUAAAAUUGCACAAUCCUCCCACCACACAUUACGCACCUCGUCAAGGACAGCUGGAUCUCUGUAUCACAUCGGGCUGCCAAGAUGGUCUUUGUAAGGCAUUUGAAAGGAUAAUUAAUCCUGGAGACAAUAUCCUCCUGAAUGAACCAGUUUAUUCUGGAAUACCUCAAGCUCCACAUCCCAUGGGCUGUAACAUUAUUAAUGUUCCCAGAGAUGAGUUUGGGAUCAUCCCAGACACCCUCAAAGAAAUCCUUUCCAGAUGGAAACCAGAAGAUUCCAAGGACCCUUCCAAAAACACACCCAAAUUUCUCUAUACUGUCCCCAACGGCAACAACCCCACUGGCCACUCACUGACUGGUGACCGCAAGAAGGAGCUCUACAAGCUUGCAAGAGAAUAUGAUUUCUUCAUAAUAGAAGAUGAUCCUUACUACUUUCUCCAGUUCAACAAGGAAUCUGUGAAGAUAGGCAAAUGCUGGGCACCAACAUUUCUCUCCAUGGAUGUGGAUGGCCGCGUCAUCAGAGCUGAUUCCUUUUCAAAAGUCCUCUCCUCAGGGUUGAGGCUAUGGUUUGUAACUGGCCCCAAACCACUAACAGAGAGAAUUGUUUUACACACACAAGUCUCAUCAUUGCACCCCUGCACUUUUGCCCAGAGCUCCUGUUCCCUCAUUUGGAUCAUGAUACUACAGUUUCUACAGCAGUGGGGAGAAGAAGGGUUCCUGGCACACGUGGACAGGGUUAUCGAUUUCUAUCAGAACAAAAGGGACGCCAUAUUGGCAGCUGCAGAGAAGUGGUUAAGUGGUUUAGCAGAAUGGCAUGUACCUGUUGCUGGCAUGUUUGUAUGGAUUAAAAUUAAGGGCAUUUCUAAUUCAUAUCAACUGAUUGAAGAGGAGGCCCUUAAGAAAGAGGUUUUACUGAUUCCUGGGAGUGCUUUCUAUACCAAUAGCUCAGCUCCGAGCCCUUACUUCAGAGCAUGCUUCUCCUUGGCUUCUACAGAAGACAUGGAGGUGGCCUUCCAGAGAUUAGCCCAAAUUAUAAAAAAAUCUUUAUGA